GCGAUGGUGAGGCCGUAAGCCGUUAAGAUUUAAAAUGUUUCAAAUAUUCAAAAAAAAAUUAUCAAAUCCCCUUGACUAUAUAAACGCGGCAACCGCACCUCUUGAAUUUCUGAACAUUCUGGCGCAACCGCCAAUCCCUUCCUUCCUCCGCCGCCGCCGCACAAUUCUUCUCUUCUCCCACCGCCCGCCGAUUUCUGAUCAUCGCCCGCCGUCCACCUUUCCAUCUUUUCGCUCUCUCUUCCUUAUCUCGAUUUUCGGGAGCCGCAGAAUUCGAAUCUUUUCUUUCUUUCGCCUCCUUUCCCCCUUUUUCCCCGCUUUCCCCCAUUUCUUCGAUUUGUUCGGCGGCACUGCAGAAACCCUAGUGAGUAUCCGACUUUCACUUCGCCUCCGUUAUCUCGCUAUCCGCUCUUCCCCUCCGUGAUUCACCGUCGUUGAUAGCCAAGAUUUGUUUCCUUUAGAGGAACCGAUGAGCUCGAUACGUGAGAAUGGUGGUGGGGCGAGGGGUGAUGAUGAUUUGAAGGCGCCUCUACUGCAGCCUGCUUCUGGUGGUGCUGUUGCGAUUACUGUCCCUGCUGCUGGACAGAACAGUAAAGCUGCUACUGCUGUGGAUAAGAAGGUUCGAACUGCAAAGUUCAAGAUAGGAGACAUCAAAUGCACGUCUUGCACUGGGUCUAUCGAGUCUGUGCUCAAGGAGCUAGAUGGAGUUCAAACUGUGGCGAUAUCUGUUCUGGAUGGCCAUGCUGCUGUCACUUAUGUGCCAGAGCUCACCACUGUUGAGAAGAUUAAGGAAACAAUUGAAGAUGCUGGGUUCCCGGUGGAGCAUCUUUCGGAGCAGGACAUAGCAGUAUGUAGGCUCAAGAUUAAGGGAAUGAUGUGUACCAGCUGCGCCGAGUCAGUCGAACGUGCUCUUCUGAUGAUCGAUGGAGUUAAGAAGGCAGUGGUUGGUCUUGCUCUGGAAGAAGCAAAAGUCCAUUUCGAUCCAAACGUCAUAGAUAUUGCAGGAAUCAUUGAAUCCAUUGAAGAUUCUGGCUUUGGAGCUGUGCUCGUCAGUUCUGGUGCCGAUGUGAACAAAGUGCAUCUAAAACUUGAAGGUUUUGAAUCCUUGGAGGACUGUAAGCAGAUUCAAUCUUUGCUGGAGUCAGCACAAGGUGUUAAUCAUGUUGAAAUGGACUUGGAUGAACAUAAGUUAACUAUCAACUAUGAUUCAGCCAUUACUGGGCCGAGAUCUCUCAUACAGCUGAUUGAAGAGGCUUCCCCUAGUCCCAACAUGUACCAUGCUACACUAUACGUCCCACCCAGGCAAAGGGAAAAUGAUCAGCUUCAUGAAACUCAGAUGUAUAGAAACCAAUUUCUGUGGAGCUGCAUUUUCUCUGUUCCGGUAUUCCUGUUUUCCAUGGCACUCCCUAUGUUUCAUCCUUAUGGAAACUGGUUGAGCUAUAAGCUUUACCACAAUCUCACUGUUGGCAUGCUCCUUAGGUGGAUUCUAUGCACCCCUGUGCAGUUCAUUGUUGGUAGAAGGUUUUACGUGGGAGCGUACCAUGCAUUGAGAAGAAAAUCUGCCAACAUGGACGUUUUGGUCGCGUUAGGCACUAAUACUGCAUACUUCUACUCUGUGUACGUAAUCAUAAAAGCCACCACAGCCGAAAAUUUUGAAGGCCAGGAUUUUUUUGAAACGAGUGCCAUGCUGAUAUCUUUUAUACUCUUGGGGAAGUAUCUCGAGGUUGUCGCUAAAGGCAAGACAUCAGAUGCUUUAGCAAAACUCACAGAACUUGCUCCUGAAACUGCCUGUCUGCUAACUUUAGACACUGAUGGGAGUGUUAUUUCGGAGGAGGAAAUUAGUACGCAACUUAUACAGCGGAAUGACAUAAUCAAGAUUGUUCCCGGUGCGAAAGUAGCUGUUGAUGGAGUUGUUGUAGAUGGACAAAGCCAUGUUAAUGAGAGCAUGAUCACUGGAGAGGCAAGGCCUGUUGCCAAACGACCUGGUGACAAGGUAAUUGGUGGUACAGUAAAUGAGAAUGGUUGCAUACAUGUUAAAGCUACUCAUGUAGGGUCUGAGGCUGCACUUUCCCAAAUUGUUCAACUGGUAGAGGCUGCUCAGCUAGCUAGGGCACCUGUUCAGCAACUAGCUGACCGAAUCUCUCGGUAUUUUGUUCCCACGGUAGUCGUUGUUGCUUUCAUAACAUGGCUAGUAUGGUUCAUAGCUGGGGAAGUUGGUCUUUACCCUCGAAACUGGAUACCGAAAGCCAUGGACAAGUUUGAGCUGGCCCUGCAGUUCGGCAUAUCAGUACUGGUGAUUGCCUGUCCUUGUGCUUUGGGGCUCGCAACACCAACAGCUGUUAUGGUUGCAACUGGAAAGGGUGCUUCCCAAGGUGUCCUUAUCAAGGGAGGAGAUGCCCUUGAGAAGGCACAUAAGGUGAAGACAGUAGUCUUUGACAAGACAGGGACGUUGACAGUGGGGAAACCACAGGUGGUCAGUGCUGUCCUCUUCUCCAAUUUCUCAAUGGAGGAGUUCUGCGACUUGGCUACAGCUGCAGAGGCGAACAGCGAACACCCUAUAGCGAAGGCCGUGGUCGAUCAUGCCAAGAGAUUUCGACACAAGAUUGGAUCGAACCCGGAUCAUAUCCCCGAGGUGAAAGACUUUGAGGUCCACACUGGAGCUGGAGUGACCGGGAAAGUGGGCGAGAGAAUGGUCCUUGUUGGGAACAGAAGGCUUAUGCGGACAUCUGAGAUCACACUGGGGCCAGAGGUGGAGAAAUACAUCUUCGAAAACGAAGAGUUGGCUAGAACGUGUGUGCUGGUCGCCAUUGAUGGGAAGAUGGCUGGAGCUUUUGCAGUGACCGAUCCCGUGAAGCCAGAGGCUCAACGUGUGAUCUCUUUCCUUCGUUCCAUGGGGAUCACUAGCAUCAUGGUGACAGGGGAUAACAGGGCAACCGCCGCAGCCAUCGCCAGAGACGUCGGAAUUGAUUACUUUUUCGCCGAGACCACCCCGGUUGGGAAGGCUGAUAAGAUCAAGGAUCUACAGGUAAAUAUCUCUCAACAAUCAGAAUGAGAUCUAAUUAGAUUUUACCAUUGAUCCGUUCUUCACAAUGCUCGACUGAUGCAGGGGAAAGGGGAGAUAGUGGCGAUGGUGGGAGACGGGAUCAACGACUCGCCGGCGUUAGUGGCGGCCGACGUAGGGAUGGCGAUCGGAGCAGGGACCAACGUGGCCAUAGAAGCAGCCGACAUAGUCCUGAUCAAGAGCAACCUGGAAGACGUUGUCACGGCCAUAGACUUGUCCAGGAAGACCAUUGCGCGCAUUCGGAUGAACUACGUCUGGGCGCUUGGUUACAACGUCCUCGGCAUGCCCAUCGCCGCAGGGAUCCUUUACCCGUUCACCGGAAUCCGGCUGCCUCCCUGGCUCGCUGGCGCGUGCAUGGCCGCUUCGUCGCUCAGCGUGGUCUGUUCUUCGCUGCUGUUGCAGUCGUACAAGAAGCCUUUGCAUGUUAGAGAGGGCUGACUGGCAAAAUUGUAAUUUUUGGGUCUUUGUUUGAUCUAAAAAUAUUGUUAUAUAGGAUUUGGCUUGUUUGCAUUCGGUACAUAUACAUACCACCAUUAAUAAAGGACAGCAGUAGUGUUUGGGCCUGACAAAGUGAUUGAGGUCCAUUUUGGAAACAAAUUAGGCCAAUAUUAUGGUGCCGCUAUAAAAACUGCGGCACCGGUGACGCUAAUUUUGAUUGGGCCACAUAGAGCUGAUGUGGCAUCACUGGCAUGUGUAUAACUUAAUUAAAUCGGUCCAAACUCAAUGGCCCAUUCGAAAUGGCCUAAUCCAGCUACCGUCAAACUAACGGACGUCUUCCAC